AUCAGCUGUUGCCUGUAGCCUAGCCUGUUACGGCAGACGAGGCAACGUGAAAACUGGUGACCGGUUACAUGUUUUCCUCCUGUCCAUUGUUUGCCCUGUCAUCCCUGUCCCCGCAGCACUGAUGGCUGAAAUAUAAAGAGCGACUGAAUAUGCCGAUGUUGUGAAAUUAUGUGCUCUACGCAAGGAAGGAGAUAAGGUUAACAUGGAGUGUUGACACUACAUAGAGGCUGCAUACCAGGCUGCCCAGGCCUUGCUGCUGUCCGCCACUAGAGAUGCUGCCGCGUAGGGCCACCACCCGCCUCCUGCCACACCUGGCCAAGGCUGUGGAGAGCCAGGCAGCCACUCCAGGAGCCCAAUGGAGAAAGUGUAGCAUGGGUGCAUUCAAGUUUUCCAGUGGUCUGAUUGGCGUCCUACCAAGAGUCACUACCACAUCAGAUUUGUGGCUCCAGCAGAGGACACUCUUACAGUCCCACCACCAACAUUACCACCAUCCCUUCACUAUAGCCAGAAUGUAUAGUAAUGCCUUCUUCCAAGCAACACAGCAUCCCAGCUCUGCCUCAGUCUCGCUGAUGAUGUGUCCCAACCCUCCUUAUAAGAAGGAUUGCUAUAUACGUCUGUACUCCAGCAAACCUCCUACUGUGCCUUCCUCUUCUCUGGAUGAAAAUCAAAAUGAGACCAUUUCAUCUAAAGGAGGAAAGGAAACACCAAAACAGAGCAAAGGUGAGGCCUUAGAGAGUAGCAAGGCUGAAGAGAAACUGUCCAUAGUACAGAAAUUCAAGCUGAUGUACAAGCAGUACUGGUAUGUACUCAUCCCAGUACACAUAGCAACUUCCAUUGUGUGGUAUGGGUCCUUCUUCAUUGCUGCUAAGAGUGGUGUUGACAUAAUCCCAUUGAUGGAAAAACUUGGAGCCGGAGAGAAAAUUAUCUCUCAUUUGCAGAGUAGCAAUGCUGGCUACUAUGCAAUAGCUUAUGCCAUGUACAAAAUUGCCACUCCUGCAAGAUAUACAGUUACUGUGGGAGGAACAACAUUAUCUAUAAACUACUUGAAGAAACGUGGCUAUAUUAAGCCAGUGCCGUCCUCUGAGAAGCUUAAGGAAAUGUAUGAAGGUAAAAAGGAGGAAUUAAUUGAAAGGAAAGAGGAACUUGUGGAGAGGUAUCAGGAGAGGAGAGAAGAAAUAGUAGACAAAUACCAGGAAAGGAAGGAGGAAAUUCUAGAUAGGUAUCAGGAGAAAAGAGAAGAAAUGAAGGAGAGGUAUCAGGAGACUAAAGAGGAAAUGGUACAAAGAUUGUCUGAGAAAAGGAAUGAACUUAAGGAACGAGUUGUAGAGAAAACAGAGGAAUUUAAAGAUAGAUUAGAGGAAAGAAAGGAUCAGUUAUCCAAAAUGGGAGAAAAUAAGAAGAAGAGGUGAGGAAUCCUGUACUGUACUUGUGAUAGUUACUAGAAAGAUUUGGAUAGAAGUGAUGGAAUGUGAUGGUGCAUUGUGCAUUUGGUAGGUUGGAGUAGUAUUGUGGGUAUAUCUGACACACUGCUAGUCAGUGGGACUUGGUUAGCAAGUGUAUGUACCUCUCUGUAGAACUAAAACCAAGCAUGAUCUACAUGCUUAUGAGUUUAUUUUCUGCUUUGAUGGAGCUUGACAGCCACCAUUGCUACCGAUGAAAAUUUGGUGCAGCCUCUGACACUGACUACUAUAUGGUUGUCCUAUUGGAAGGAAGCCCUGUGUUUUGACAUUACAAAGUAAUCUUGUGAUAUACUUUGUCUGUUAAUUUGAAAAUUUUGUAUCUGUAACAAGUUUGUCAUUAUUGAUGAUUAAGUUUGAACUCUGAAUUCUAUCACAUACAGUAAACCCUGUUUUUGUUGGACCUGAAUGAGACAGAUAUUAUAUAAGUCAGACACUUUUUUUUUAUUCUCCCACAAGUGCACUGGUAAGCAUUUUUUGUCCUUUGAUUACGAAAUUUUAAGCCACUUGGCUGAUACAUUAGCUAAAAUAUUCCUGAGAAACACAGAUUAUAACUUUGCACUAGUCUGAUAAUUCACCUGUAAUUAUUGUUCUCAUUUCUCUAUUUGAUAUUCCGUCUAGCAUUUUGCCCUGCAAACCCCCUACAUUUUUCAUUUUCCUCGACAAUCUCUGGUAGGUACUUUAAUAUCAAACAGCUUUUUUAGAUCUAAAUAGACACAGUCUGCCCAGCCAUCCCUCUCUUGAGUGAAUCCAUUUUUUCUACUAUAAAAAUUCAGUAAAUUUCUGACACAAAAGCUUCCACUUGUGAAACCAAAUUCUUCUAGAUAUUUCAUCCACCUUUCUUUAAUGUAUAUUUUUUUUGCGUAUUUUUACAACAACUCUUGUUAGUGACACUGGUCACUAACUGGUGGUUCUUCUUUAUUACCUUCUUUGAAAAUGGGUACACUUUUCCAGUCUAAAUGGAAUUUUCUCUCUUUAGAUGAAGAUUCUAUGAUAUCGUGUAUCGUCUCUGGUAGCUGCCCGCUACACUCCUGCAUUAUCCAGUUUGACACUCCAUCUAGCCCUUGACCCUUACAUACAUUGUGAUCCUUCAUCAUUUUCUUAACUUCCUCACCAUCCACUUUAAAUUCCUUCAGCACUUUGUCAGUAUGCCAUGCUCUUUCUUUAGGGAAUACUGACUAGAACAACAUUUUCAAGAAAAGGAUAGAGUUAUUACUUUUAUGUCUCAAAAUUUUUUUUUUUAUUCUUUUUAUAAUUAUUUCUUCAGAAACCAAGAGGUAAUUUACAUUUUCUACAAACUUGUAAAUACUAUCUGAUUUCAUUAAUGCAUCUUAGUAAAGUAUUUUAGUCUUUCUUUAAGUCUGACAAUGCAGUAGAUUACCAUAAUUGGUCAUUACAUUGCCUAGUCUGUGAUCUAUCAAGAAGUGGAGUACAAAGAUGCAGUAAUUGAUUCAUCUCACAGAGACCAGACAAAAGUUGAUUACUAAAACCUUACUUCAUAUCCUUGUGGGUGCAGAUUGACAAAAUACGGACUCAUUCUGAGGAGGGGAACAUGAUUACAAGUGUUCAUUUUAUGUUUUAUAUGCUGUUUAGUAUUAUUUAUUUAGUUGUUUAUUUAUUAGUUUUUUCCCUUUUAUUUAAUUCACAUUUUUAAAUGUAGCUGUAACAUGUAGUCCAUACAACCCACUUCCUUUCCCAUAGUGGCACACCACUGAUUGUCAGGACAAACAUUUGCCAUGUGCUCAAAACCAGAUAAGGUUGCUGAUUGCGAGAGGUGGAGAUAGCUGAAGUGCUGUUCCAUAUUUCUUAUUGGGACAGGAUGCUUGAUCAGAAAUACAUGAAAAUAUUUGCAGAGUUUUAUUUGUUGAAUAAUUUGCUAGUAUUGUCUAUCUUAAAAUUCUGAUUCAUUUUAUACUGUUAUAAUUCGUGAGUAGGUAAAUAGUGGUGAUAGUGACAAAUAAAUUAGUUUCUCCCAUUAAUAUGUUACCACUAGUAAGUACAUAUAAGUGUUGUGUUGACAUUAUUGUUAUCAGUAUUGGUGCAGUGACACAGCACAAAAAAGAGGGUGCUUUCCUAUGUGAGCAACAUGGAAACCUCUACCAUUGAAGAAGCUGACAUUGUUUUGUAGUCACUGAUAUGACAACACACCAUUGGUACUAGAAUUGUUAGAAUUGUCUCAUGGGCAAGUUGUUUACUGUUAUGAUCUGGAGAUUAUUUAAUAAAUUUGUGAUUCGUUUUCAUGUGGCUGGAACACAACACGUGCAGAAAGGAAUGAUCCCAGGAUUAGUGGAGUAAUGCAGGUGCAGGAUGGUUAGGGUGAAGUGUGCUGUAGCAGCACAGCACACACUGUACAUACUGCUCUCUGUAUAUAAUAAAGUGAACAGAGAAAUUAA